GUAGAAGAAACGGAUUAAAGUGUUCCUACUUUCAUUAUAUUUUAUCCUCCUGAACAUGUUAUUUAUAUUUUUUCAGAUGGGACUAACACUAAAAAACACAUCAUUCCAUUCACAUAUCCCACACUCAGCUGAUAAUAUAUUUGGAAUCAUUUAUGUAAUAUUUGGAAUAUGUUCUGUACUAGGAAACGGCAUUCUGCUGUAUAUUUCCUAUAAGCGGAGGCACUUGCUGAAACCAGCUGAAUAUUUCAUAGUUAACCUUGCCUUAAGUGACCUGGGAAUGACUGUCACCUUGUACCCUCUUGCCAUUUCCUCCAGCUUUUCUCACAGGUGGAUAUAUGGAAGACACGUAUGUCUGUUCUACGCGUUUUGUGGUGUGCUGUUUGGCAUAUGCAGCCUAUCAACUGUUACACUACUGAGUACAAUCUGCUGUAUGAAAGUCUGCUUUCCUGUGUAUGGAAACAGGUUUGGUGAAAAGCAGGGAUGUUUGCUUGUUGCCUGUGCCUGGGUAUAUGCAGCCAUUUUUGCUUUUUCACCCCUCUUGCACUGGGGAGAAUACGGAGCGGAACCAUAUGGUACAGCUUGCUGUAUUGACUGGUACUCUUCGAAUGAAAGCAGACUAGCAAUGUCCUACACAACAACACUCUUUGUACUGUGCUUUGUUAUUCCAUGCGGAAUUAUAAUUACCUCCUAUACACUGAUCCUGAUAACUGUGAAGGGUUCUCGUAAAGCAGUGGCGCAGCAUGGUGUGGGUCCAUCCAGCAUGAACAAUGUGCAAAUUAUCAUAGUUAAGCUCAGCAUUGCCGUGUGUAUUGGAUUUUUAACAGCUUGGAGCCCAUAUGCAGUUAUCGCCAUGUGGGCGUCCUUCGGAUCAAUAGAAAUUAUUCCACCUAUGUUAUUUGCGGUACCUGCUGUUUUUGCCAAAUCCUCAACAAUUUACAAUCCAAUUAUUUACCUCUUCUUGAAACCCAAUUUUCGCAAUAUCCUCACCAAGCACUUCCCUGCAGCGCAGAUCUGCGCAAGGUUUUGUCUUUACAUGGAAUCUCUGAAUAGCUGCCAUUAUCUCUCUGUAAUUCAACUGUUUCGCAAGCUUUUAAACAAAAGGAACACAUCAGCCUGCGGCUCAGACAAAUCCAUGGAGGAGUUUCCAAAUUACUCUUGUGAAACAUGCAAAGACACAUUUGAAUACUUCAAAAAUUAUCCACAUUGCUGCCACGAGAUGUUGGGUCCAACACCACACACUGAACAAGAUGGCAUAAGUUUGGACUCAAAUGAGCAAGCGAAGAGGAAGAAUGGGGCAAGAAAGUCAAUAAAAGUCAUUGUGCAUGGGCAGAAAAGAACUGAAAGUGACGACUUGGAAAUUACUUUAGAAGUGAUCCCGAUCUGUAGUAAAUGUGUUUACUGAGAUAAUGUCGAUUUGCUUUUAGAGCAUUGUUAAAACUUUAAACAGUCAGUUUUAUUUAUUGCCUAAUGGAAAUAUUGAAAUCUGAAUAUAUACAGUAACUAUUUUCCAUUAGCUUUAUUUCUCAGCUGUGUGAAGUAUUUCUUGCUCUGCCUGCAGUUUUAGGCUAUGGUCACACAAAUAUGUAUGCACUGUCAUGUGACACUAGCCUUAAAGGAGAAGGAAAGGUUAAAAUGAAGUAAGCUUUUUCAGAAAGGUCUUUAUAAAUACA